AUGUUGGAAGCUAGCCAGUCCAAUGGGAUAUCAACAUUCCACAAGUGCAGCUUAUUCAAUUUGUUUGAAGUUCUUUUCAACAGGAAAUCAGAGGUUAGUUAUGGCUUUAUCAUUUCUCCUCAUUUAACCUGUAGCAUUGUCACAAGUUGCGCAUUAAAAAUCCUGACUCGGUGAAGAAGAAGCUUACUCGCAUGAUUGCGCUGGGCAAGGACAACCUUCAGGUAGUUGUGCUCAUGCAUGCCCAUGUUCUUUCUCAGGUCAUAUCAGACUUUGACUGGACUCUGUCGAAAUUCGUUCACAAAGGUGAGCCUAACCCCACCUGUCACGGAAUCUUUGAGCAGGAUCCCGAUAUGACCCCGGAAACUCAGAACAAGGUAAAUCAUGCGAGGUCGUCUAAGUGAAAUCACUUUCAACAGUUACGUAUUUUGCGACAGACCUAUCAUCCGGUUGA